UCUUGCAAUUAGCUUGACAGAGUGGAAGUGAGCAGAGUUUAGUGUAACCAUGGCAGACGCUCAGGCUGAGACAUCUACCCAGCCUGAACUGAUGGAUGAACAGGAGCCUCUCCUCAGCAACCUGGACAUCUUUCUCUUCUCCCUCAUCGCAGGACUACUCAUUUACUGGCUUAUUUUCCGCAAGAAGGCCGAGCCCAUCCCAGAGUUUAAGAAGCUUGACGCACCGGCGCCAACAGCACGGGAGACUAGUUUUAUUGAGAAAAUGAAGAAGACGGGACGGAACAUUGUGGUGUUCUACGGCUCUCAGACGGGCACGGCUGAGGAAUUUGCCAACAGGCUCUCUAAAGAUGCCCAGCGUUACGGUAUGAAAGGCAUGGCAGCAGAUCCAGAGGAGUACGACAUGGGAGAGCUUUCUCGUCUGAGUGAGAUAGACAACUCUCUGGCCAUUUUCUGCAUGGCCACCUACGGUGAGGGUGACCCCACUGAUAAUGCUCAGGACUUCUACGAUUGGCUGCAGGAGGGCGAUGCUGAGCUGGGUGGCAUCAAAUACACAGUGUUUGCCUUGGGUAAUAAGACAUAUGAACACUACAACGCCAUGGGCAAAUAUGUGGAUAAGAGACUGGCAGAGCUGGGAGCCCAGAGGAUCUUCGAUCUGGGCAUGGGAGACGAUGAUGGAAAUUUGGAGGAGGACUUUGUCUCGUGGAGAGAGCAGUUCUGGCCGGCUGUCUGUGAGCAUUUCGGCGUGGAGGCCACUGGCGAGGAGUCCAGUAUCCGUCAGUACGAGCUGAAGGUGCACGAGGACGUUAACAUGAAUAAGGUUUACACCGGCGAGCUGGGCAGACUGAAGAGCUUUGAGAACCAGAAACCACCUUUUGAUGCAAAAAACCCUUUCCUGGCACCGGUCACUUUGAACCGCAAGCUGAACAAAGGAGGCGACCGACACCUGAUGCACCUAGAGCUGGACAUUACAGGCUCCAAGAUCAGGUAUGAAUCAGGAGACCAUGUGGCUGUUUAUCCCAUUAAUGACAGCGCUAUCGUCAACAAGAUCGGAGAGAUCCUUGGAGUGGACCUUGAUACCGUUAUCUCCCUCAAUAACCUUGAUGAGGAGUCCAAUAAGAAGCAUCCGUUCCCCUGCCCCACCACAUACCGUACGGCUCUUUCCCAUUAUCUGGACGUAACCAACCCCCCUCGCACCAACGUCCUCUAUGAACUGGCCCAGUAUGCCACAGACCCCAAGGAACAAGAGAACAUGCGUAAGAUGGCUUCCUCCUCCCCUGAGGGCAAGGCGCUGUACCAGAGCUGGGUGCUGGACUCCUGCAGGAAUAUUCUAGCUAUCCUGGAGGACUUUCCCUCUCUCAGACCACCCAUAGACCACCUGUGCGAACUACUGCCACGCCUUCAGGCCCGCUACUACUCUAUUGCCUCCUCGUCAAAGGUUCAUCCCAAUAGCAUCCACAUCUGCGCCGUGGUGGUGGAGUACCAAACAAAGACAGGUCGCACCAACAAGGGCGUCGCCACCCACUGGCUGAAAAACAAAAUGCCUACCGACAACGGGCACAAGGCCACCGUACCCAUGUACAUCCGCAAGUCACAGUUCCGCCUGCCCUUCAAGGCCAGCAACCCUGUGAUCAUGAUCGGACCUGGGACAGGCAUCGCCCCCUUUAUGGGCUUCAUCCAGGAGAGAGCGUGGCUGAAAGAGCAAGGUAAGGAAGUGGGAGAGACAGCGCUGUAUUUCGGCUGCCGUCACAAGAAUGAAGAUUACCUGUACCAAGAGGAGCUGGAAGAGUUCGAGAAGCAAGGAGUUCUAACUCAGCUUAACGUUGCCUUCUCACGAGACCAGGAGCACAAGGUGUAUGUUCAGCAUCUUUUGAAGGAGAAGAAAGAGGAUAUUUGGAAGAAGAUUCAUACAGACAAUGCGCAUAUCUACAUUUGCGGUGAUGCUCGUAACAUGGCGAGGGAUGUGCAGGCUGCUUUCUGCGACAUCGCCCAGGAGCUGGGAGGUAUGACGAGCACUCAAGCCACAGAGUACAUCAAGAAAUUGAUGACCAAGGGACGCUACUCGCAAGACGUCUGGAGUUAAAACGUCCUCAGAGUAUCCUCAAGAGUUCUUUUAACCAUUCUUAUUCCAGUCUGUUCUGGAGAAGAAGUUUAAAUGUAUUUGAUGUAAUCAUUGGUGGACUGUUUUUGUUUUUUGUUUUUUUUUUUUUUGUUAGUUUGUUGUUGUUUUUUUCCUAGUAAAGGUGACCAAAUAGGCACAAAGCAGUUUCCAGCUUCCAGAACUUAAGUGAUUCCUUGUACUUGUAGUUGGUGGAUAGACUCUAGAACUUUUGUAAUGAGGAUUCUUAUUAUGUUUGUGUAUUGGUGUGCUGUGACAAAAAGUAUGGACAAAAAUACAUGGCUGUCAUACAGUGUCACAAGCACUUAUUCCUGAGAUCUGUUCUAGCAAACGUGUAAAAAAAAUAAUAAGAAUAACAUGUAGAAUACAGAAUAUUUUUGUGUCAAGUCGGUAACUUAACAUCGAUAUUAUGGAACAGUCGUUCAUGCAAUUAGAAAGGGAUUUUGAAUGUAGCCUUUUUCACAUUAUGCAUUAAUUGUGACUAUAUAUAUAUUUUUAAUCAAGGACACAUUAAGUAAUGCAGCAAAUGACAGGAUAGGCUACACCUCAUACAAUCAGUAGUUAGUAAUAAAACAUCUCAUCUUGAGAGAACGUCUGAAAGACUACCUUGCAGAAAUGGCAGGAGACUUUUUAGGCCCAGUUAGUUAUUGCUAUGCACUUGAUAUAGAUUGUACUGCGCCUGCAGAGAGAAUCUGCGCUUUGUUGACUUUGUUUGAUCCUGUGUGUGAACCUUCAUGUGGCUCAUAAACUUCUUCUUAGCAGGUGUCCGUUAGACAUUCCUAACCUUUCUUUUUACAAGGGGAUCAAGACCACACACACACACCCCCACAUGCUCACACACACACACACACACACACACACACACACACAGUGCAUAUGGGAAGGAAGCAAUAGACUUUGGACAGCUAUACAUUGUAGCACAGAUGAGUAUGGCUAUGUAUUUGUAACUGAUUUUAAGGAUGAAAUGAGUCGGCCUUAUGUUUAAAGCACAUUCACAUUCCACUAACCUCUUCUUUUUUUUUUUUUUAACUCAAAUGCAAGUUUGCCCAAAAUCACUGUGUGUUCUUCCUCUGUUUCGUUUCAAAGAGAUGUGGAGAGGGUUGAACCUACAUCCGUUCUCCUUAUCAUUUGAAUAAGGCCAGUUGACAAUUAUCUAGAUACCACUGGCCCUUUAAAUCCAUUUGUAAGAUUGGUUAACUAGUGCCUUAUUUAAGUGUAGCUUUCCACAACAUUUAAUGAUGAUAUUUUUCAUAACAGCAUUGCUAGUAAUGAAAGCAUUAUUUUUGCAAAAACUGAGGAUGUAUAUUGGUACGUUGUUGUUACUUUUAUUGUCAGCAUCAUCUGGUUUUAUAUGCAAUAACCAUUUCCUUUAUGUUAAUACUGUAUGUAGACAUGUAAUUUGUUAAUGAAUAAAAUUUGAAAUUAACUUGU